CCAGCCGCUGAAGCCUCUCACCGUGAAGUGUGGCUGUGAAUGGCCCAACGCUUGCAUCCUGUGUAGCUGCAAAGCCUCUGUCCAGACAAUUGACCCCGAUACCAUGUCCCUAGAAGAGCGCGUAGCCCUCCUGGACUCUGGCUUCCACCCCAUCCUCUCUCUGUCUCAUGGCAACCCUCUCCACUUGCUCUUUGAAACCUUAUUAAGAGAGGGUGGAUUGCACAGACUGCUGAGCCGCGAGCUCAGGACUCUGAAGAUGUCCCGUUUUGGAAAGAAACAAGAUCCAGCUAACGGUGCAUUCCUACCGCUACGCUCCUCGCUCCUGCUCGCCUCCUGUUCAUUGUUUGAAGGGAGAAGGCAGCUUGAAGGAAGAUCCAGUCACAGCUUUCCUGUUUCCAGUCCUCAGCCGCAUGCUUUGUGCCCAGCGCCUCCUCCAGCCCCUCCUUCCAGCCAAAUCCCCCUCGCCGCCAGCUCAGCAAUGGCCUCAAAAAGAAGAAAAGCAGAAUGUUCCUACGACAUCGACAACGUUGUGAUCCCAAUGUCAAAGGCUGCCGCCACUCGAGUGGAGAAGCCUCAGUACAAGGAGAUUGUAGUACCAAGCUGGAGGAUAGUAGAGCUCGAGGGACUGCAGCCGUUCAAUCAAGCGGACUCUGAGUUGGAGGAUACUUCAGAUGAGAUGUACUCGAGUCAUCACUCCAAACACGAGGAUCUUGAACGAGCCCGCUGGGAUUCCUGGGCAGCGGCUACUUCCCACAAGCGAGGAAGCAGGUCCUCCAGCAAAGCAGAGGGCCGAUGGGCUGGGCAACCUCCGCCAGCAUCUCCAGUUACUGGAUUUAAUUGCCUUAACGACCUGUAUGCGCGCCCUUCUACUGGCUUGCACAGCCCUGAGACUUGCAACGCUUUGCAAUCCCUCUCUGUGCACAGCAGGACCAGAACGGCGCUGCCUUGCAGUGAAGAUGCCACAUCUUCCCCGGAAAUGCUCGAUGGUGCAGUACAGAACGUACAGCCUUGGGAGCCUCGCACGUUUCCACUCUCAGAUGCUGCCUACCAAGGUCUUCUCCAGCACCCAAGUGAAGAUGGCUGUGACCAGGCUGACUUUCAGCCCUGGGGUUCCAGCAAUAAGCAGGGUGUCGGGCUCAUCUCCACAGGCCCUGUCAGACCCAGCUUCACGGGGAUGCGAUUUUCAGAUACACAGCUGCAAGCAGAUGGCAAUAAAAGCGCAGAGGAGGUCAUGGUCCAGCGCUGCAACCCAGCGAAGCUCGUCAACAGCGAUACCCCCGACCUGUGGUGCGUGUGAAGCCUUAGCUACGCGUGCUGCCGCGUCAAAAGCCGUCUGCUGGACCGCUGCGGUGGAGCACAGGCAGCGUGCGGCACUGCUGCCUGUCAGACCUUGUUUCAGCAGCAGGUGAGGAGGUUGCCGGAUGAGGAGGGGGUUAGGCCACCUGAUGGAGCUAUGGUGCUGGACCUCCAUGGGAGAGUGCUUCUCAAAAAGCCCACUUUCUGGUCAAGCUCUGAAGAACAAGGCUGAACUGCCUUGUCAUGGGAAGGUUAGGUGCUGCUGCAGACAGAAGAGAGGGGAUCUGAGUCAAAUUAAUUCCAGCAGUAGAAAGAAAACAGCAUUGUUCAGGCUCCAUCUUUACCGAAGUGCCUACCAGGUGGCUGUCAGGCCUGUAGUGCCUAGAAGCCAUUUUCAGGGCGGUGCUCGCUCACUCCCGGAUCCAUUUCCAAACGCCACAGGGGCCUGAGGAAGCCUUGGUGUGAAUUUGAUAUGAGCCAAAGACCUGGUGAGAAAGAGGGAAGGAGAAAGCCACAUGGUAUGGGACAAAUCAAUCUCGUACGUACAUGGACAUCGGGUUCCCCUUGCCCUGUGUAGCUGAAGUUCUCUAGCAGCUUCCUUCACAGAAACCGCAGGCCCUUUUCGUAACACGCGGUUGUCUUGCAGCAUCCUCGCUGUAAGAAAACCGUAACAAUUCUCUGACUUUCUGUAUCUUUUCUGAAUUGCCUUCUCUCCUUGGGGAGAAGACAUCGUCUUGGGGAUUUUGGCAACAAGCCGCUGAGAAGCCACACAGCUGAGAAGCUCUGUACAAAUUCUGUGCGUUCUGUAAGAGGGACCUCCAGCUGCCGACUGCUUCCAGGCGAGCAGGGCAGUGAGCUCUUCUCGGGGAACGAGCCUCAAACCUGAUGGAGCUGAUAAGUGUCCCACCAGAAAGUAUCAAAGCUAACGCCGCUGCCAAGAGCGACUCGAAUGGGCGUUGAGGUGUGACCAGCAGAGCGCGUGCCAGCUAGGCCAAAGCUCCUCACUCGGUGACUACCGGGAGGAAAGGAUGGGUUUGGGGUUUUGGUUUUUUACACAUUCUAGAGCAAAAUCAAAUUCUUACCAGUUCAUUAUGGAACAUACUCGCUUUUCUGCCUUUCAAAAUGGUCUCUGGAGCUUAAAUUUGUGGAUGUUUGGUUGUUUUAUUCUCUCUCUGGAAUUGUCCUUUCUUGCGAGUAUUUACCUCUGGGCUGGAGCGCUCGGGGGCAGGGGGAACGCUUGCAGCCCGUAGUAAGGGAGGUUUUUAUACGGGGAUUGUGAUUUUGGUGGAGAGCUUUCUGUCUAUUUGAUAACGUUUGGUAACGUGGCAGUAAAGCGCCCAAGCAUUGCCUGGUUACCUCUGCAAAGGGCGUGACUUGGUGCUACCCUCCCGCGCUGAGGAGGCCGCUCACCAGAGAUCCGGCAUCAGCGCCCUGGGGCGGGGGGUAACGGGUCCCCUUUGUACCAACGCGGGCACAGAUGGAGCGGAAUCGGGGAGAGUUCCAAGAGAAAAGGCAAAGCUGCAGAGUGAGGGGGGGUAUGGCCACGGCGGGGUGCAGGGUUUUGUUACUGGUCGUGUAGACCAAAGACUUUGCUGCUGCUACUUCAGUUUGGUUUGAAACACGUAAAAAUUGGAGAAGCCCCCAAUUUCAUCAUUCUUUCUUCUCUGGAGCUGGA